AUGGGGCCUGGGAAUGCCAUUCUCGUCGUUCUCCUAGCUACUGCUGCAGUCACCUCGCCUCUGCACAAACGGCAGUUCUCAUAUGGUUCAACUCCAGUUCGCGGAGUCAACAUUGGUGGCUGGCUCGUCCUCGAACCCUGGAUAACGCCAUCGAUAUUCCAACAAUUCGGAGGCAGUGUGGUCGACGAAUAUACAUUAUGUCAGCAAGCGCCAAAUGCUGGAGACAUUCUUCGCAGCCACUGGGACAGUUGGGUUUCUUUGGGUGACUUUCAGAAAAUUGCAGCAAAUGGCUUCAACACCGUUCGAAUCCCGAUAGGGUACUGGGCGUUUCAGAAGUACGAAGGUGAUCCGUACAUCCAAGGUGCAGCGGACUACCUCGAGACCGCCAUCGAUUGGGCUCGUCAGACCGGCCUGAAAGUCUGGAUCGACCUCCACGGUGCGCCUCUUUCGCAAAACGGUCAAGAUAAUUCAGGCCAGCGUACCUCUACGCCCGGCUGGACAACAGGCGAUUCGAUCGAUGCGACACUCGACGUCAUCAGACAAAUUUCCCAGCAAUACGCCAGUCCUGCAUAUGCAGACGUGAUAUCAGGCAUCGAGCUUCUGAACGAGCCGUCGAUGGGUAGUCUGGCCGGUGGACGGGGCGCCACACAAGGUUACUACCAGUCAGGCUUCGGCGUUGUUCGACAAUCGGGUCAGACGGCUGUGAUCAUUCACGAUGGUUUUGUCAACCCGUCUUCGUGGAAUGGGGUCCUGACCGGCCAGGGAAGCAACGGGGCCAUUGUCGACCACCAUGAGUACCAAGUCUUCAACGACGAUGAGGUGGCCAUGACUCCUGAGGAGCACGUCGGCUACGUCUACUCGCAGGCCAGCUCGUGGGCGCAGGGCCAGGACAAGUUCGUCAUCUGCGGCGAGUGGACGGCGGCCAUGACCGACUGCGCCCCGGCCAUCAAUGGCUACGGCCGCAACUCGGACGGCAGCUACACCAGCUCCAACUACGUCGGCUCGUGCGCCAACAUCAACUUCAUCGACCAGUGGAGCGAUUACAACAAGACCUCCACCGCCAACUACAUCCGCGCCCAGCGGGACGUCUACGAGAGCCAGAUCCAGGGCUGGUUCUUCUGGAACUUCAAGACCGAGGCCGCCGCCGAGUGGGAUCUGUUCAGGCUGAUUGACGCCGGCGUGUGGCCUGCGCUCAGCUAA